CUGAGAAAAAAUUAAAAUUAUUGAUCUUUAAAUUUUUACAAAAAAUAAUAAAUAAUCAAAAAUGUCAUUAGAUAUGGUUAAAUUUACAAAACUGCGUACGGCUAUUGAUCCAAGUUUUUGGGCUAAGUUAGCAGAAUUGAAAUUGGAUAAAUAUAAAUUGGAAGAUAAAACUGAAAUAUCCAUUUGGAGUGGUUAUAGCUUGGAUAAAGCAUAUGAGAACAGAACAAGUCCAAUGAUUCUUGAUUGCACAUCGUUUAAUGAAAACGUUGAAACAACAUCACUUAACGGAUCUGUUGUCUGUACUGGAAUACUCAUUAACACUAAUACUUUUGAAUCAUUCAGACAAACUCAACCAGAUAAAUUUAUUGAUUCACUUGGUAAACAUCUCAAAGAUGCUAUCAUUGAUGGGACAGCAUUAAAAGAACCUUGGCGACUUACUUUAUUUUUAUUAUUAUCAUACGCUGAUUUAAAAAAACACAGAUUUCAUUAUUGGGCAGCUUAUCCAACUUUAUUUAAUUUACCUGAAAUUCAUUAUGAUGGCCCCCAAACAAAAGCUACAGAAAUACUUUCAAGCAACGAUUUUAAUAAGCUCCAGACUAAUUUUAAUAGUUUGGACUCGAAAUUUAAAAGCUUUUUUGCUAUUUUAUUAUCCAGUGAUGGUUUAAAGAUUAUGACUUUGUUCGAAGGCGUUACUUAUGUUAACUCAUCACUAGUUAAAGCCAAAGAAACUAGUUGUGUUGAUCAAAAGCUGUAUUUUGCAUUUUAUGAUCCAUGUGAUACUCUUGAGCCAGGAUGGCCACUAAGAAAUCUUUUAUGUCUGUUAUUUUAUUCUUGCCCAGAUUUUACUUAUAAUAAAUCAAUAAAUAUAUUAUCUCUUCGUGGUAAAAAUUUAGAGUUGUCUAUUAUAUUUUCUAUAAAAACAAAAGGAGAUGAAAAAAUUUUGGAUAGAAAAGAAAUAAUCGAAGGACGACUAGUAGGAUGGGAAGCUAAUGUAAACGGUAAAAUGGGACCAAAUAUUGCUGAUCUAUCCGAAUCACUAGAUCCAAAUCGGAUGGCUGCUCGUGCAGUUGGUUUAAAUUUAAAACUUAUGAAGUGGCGAUUAGUUCCUGAUUUAGAUUUAGAAAAAGUCUCUAAACUUCGUUGUUUACUACUAGGAGCCGGUACUUUAGGUUGCUCAGUUGCAAGAGUAUUGAUUGGUUGGGGAAUUAAAAACAUAACAUUCGUUGAUAGUUCAACAGUAUCUCACAGUAAUACUGUUAGACAAAGUCUUUACACUCACGAAGAUGCAGUUAAUAAACGAUUGAAAGCUGAAGCAGCAAGAGAUGCACUUCUCCGAAUAUCUCCUACAUUUAAUGUUGAAGCCGUAGUCAUGCAUAUUCCAAUGCCUGGCCAUGUAGUAGGACAAAGUCUUCUAGCCUCGACUCAGACAGCCGUAAAAACACUAGAAAAAUUAGUUCAAAAUCAUGAUGUGAUAUUUUUAUUGCUUGAUUCACGUGAAGCACGUUGGUUACCUACAUUAUUAUGCGCAGUAUUUGACAAAAUGGCAAUAAACGCAGCUCUUGGUUUUGAUUCCUACACUGUACAACGUCACGGUACACGAAGAGUAACAGUAGCUACUUCUCCUGAUUUAACUCAAAAUUGUCCAUCUGGUGAAGAUCUCGGCUGUUAUUUUUGCAAUGAUGUAACGCAACCAGGAAAUUCCCAGGCUGAUAGAACUCUCGAUCAACAAUGUACAGUAAGUAGACCUGGAUUAUCAUCAAUUGCUGCUGGCCUUGCAGUUGAACUAAUGAUUGCUAUGACUCAACAUUCUAAAGGAAUUGGAGCCAACGCUUUUAUGGAUGAUGGUAGAAAUCAAUAUCGCUCUAGUGAAAGAGAGUCUUGUGAAGGCUUACUCGGAUUGAUUCCACAUACUUUGCGUGGUUCUCUUUGGAAUUAUGAGAUGCGGCUAACAAUUACUCAUAGAUUUCCAUCCUGCACGGCCUGUUCUAUACCAAUAAUUAAUGAAUACCGAAAACGUGGUUUUGAUUUUAUUCUUGAUGCUUGUAAUCAGCCUAAUUAUUUGGAACGAAUUGCUGGCUUAGAAGAUUUACUGAAAAGACCUAAUCUAGAUGAGCUGUGUUAUGCAAUAGAUAGUUCCGAUGAAGACAGUGAGAAUAUCAGUCUCACAAAAGUUUAGAAAUGGAUCUACAUUUUAUAAAUUAUCAUUUUUUAUAAACUUGUAAAAACUAUUAUUUUAUGAAUUACUCAUACAAGAUUUUUAUUUUGUUAUUUAAAUGAUAAGUAUAACCAAAAGUUUGUACGCAAUGUUAUAAUAUUUUACAUAUUAAUGUUUGUGAUAAAAA